AUUCUAAGAUAAGUCUCCAUCGCAUGCAAUGCCGUAUUACUGUAUUGUAUAAUCAAAUACGUUUUAUUCGUUUGUACUUUGUAGCUUGUAGCCUUGUAGGCCACACUCCACAGUCCACAGUGUCCACACGUCUUAGUACUUAAUACUAAGUAGUUAAUAGUCACUACUCACUUCUCACUAGUCACUACCAGUGUUCAAUACUGACUCUAGAAGUAUACCUUAAUUUUUUUAUUCAAUUUUAGUUUCUUUUCGUUAAUUUAUAAUUAUUAUCAACUCAGUCAUGCGUUUGGGUACAGUCGUUCCGGAUUUCUCUGCCAUCACCACCAAAGGUCCGAUAAAUUUCUAUGAGUGGACUGGUGAAUCAUGGUGUGUUUUGUUUUCUCAUCCUUCUGAUUUCACACCAGUGUGUACCACUGAGUUGGGUAAAAUGGCUGUGCUGGUUGAUGAAUUCACAAAACGCAAUGUUAAAGUCUUGGGUUUGUCUUGUGAUAAAUUGCAAAGCCACGUGGAUUGGAUAAAUGACAUCAAAUCAUAUUGUUUGGACAUCAAAGGAGAAUUCCCGUAUCCCAUUAUUAGCGACAGUACACGGGACUUAGCUGUAAAACUUGAUAUGAUCGCUGAAGAAGACAAGGACAAUAUUGAGUUGGCAUUGACUAUUCGAUCUCUUUACAUUAUUGGACCUGACAAGAAGGUUAAACUUAUGAUGGUUUACCCGACUAGCACUGGUCGUAAUAUUCAAGAGAUUUUACGUUGCAUUGAUUCACUUCAAUUAUGUGAUAAAAAAAAUACUGUUGCUACACCAGCAAAUUGGGUGCCUGGUGAAAAAGUUAUGAUCUUGCCAACAGUAAAAGAUGAAGACCUUGAUACACUCUUUCCAAAUGGUUAUGAAAAACGUGCAAUGCCUUCUACAGUUGAUUACUUAAGAACAACUACUGAUUAUUAAAAUGUAACAUUAUUUAAGUUUGUUAUCCACAUUAAUUAAAAUGAGAUUUAUUUUUCUUGAAAUAUUU